AUGAUGAAAAAUUUCAAUCAGAUAUUCUCUUACAACAAAACGCAGGAGAUGGUUAAAAUAAGAAAAACCAUAAAAUCUUCGAGUUUCGUAGCGAUCGAUACUGAAUUUCCGGGAUGUCUGAUAGAGACGGCGAUGGGGGCGAGCGAUGAAACGCGGUAUGGAAACAUGAGGUUUAACGUCGACGGAACCAAACCAAUUCAGUUGGGUUUCACGCUAUUCGACAAGGUCGGAAGAACCCGCGGUACCUGGGAAGUCAAUUUCUCGGACUUCGACGGAACAAAAGACGCGAAGAACGAGAAAUCGCUCGACUUUCUUAGGCGGAACGGUCUUGAUUUGAAGAGAAUCAGAGAGGAAGGAAUCGCGAUCAGUGACUUCUUCGGAGAAUUUACUCAGAUUCUGAAAGAGGAGGAUAAGCGCGUGGCUUGGGUCACCUUCGACGGCUCAUACGACUUGGCUUAUCUACUUCAAGGCCUGACCGGAGGAAAACCUAUGCCGGAGACUCGUAAAGAUUUCGACCAAACGGUUCAGAGACUUCUUGGGCAAACUUACGAUGUGAAGCAGAUGGCUGGACUGUGCGAAGGACUGAAUAGCCGUUUCGGGCUGCAGAGAAUAGCCGACGAGCUUCAGAUCAAGCGUGCCGGAGAAGCACAUCACGCUGGUUCCGACAGUGACCUCACAGCUCGAGUGUUCACCAUCAUGUCUACCAGAAUAGCUCGGGACCAAAAGAGAAAGCGCGACCAGUUUCAACUGGAUCGAGAGCGUGGCUACCUCGCCGUCAAGGAAGUGGAACACGAGCUGAUGAUGGAGCGUGGCUACCUCGCUGUCAAGGAAGUGGAACACGAGCUUAUGAUGAAGCGUGGCUACAUUGCUGUCAAGGAAGUGGAACACGAGCUUAUGAUGAAGAGACGUAUGCGAAAGUGUUAUGUACCGAUACAGCCACCGAGACCUGUCAUGUUCGCUCCUUACCCGUCUUACGGUGGUGGCUGCUUUGUUGUGCCGGUCACAUGGAGAUCACCAAACUAUGUGUGA